CAAUGAAUGAUCUCCGUCCGCAUUUCCCUCAACCUUUCUAUCGUCUACACCCCGCCAUUUCGAUUCCCAGAGCUCUUUCUAUAACUCAAACAUCCUCAUCAUUCAACUCUCUCUUUUUGACGAAAAGAAAGUAGAAGCUCUCUCUAAAUCCUCUCUGGUUACUGUUCGAGAAAUGGAUCCAAUUCUUCCGGUUACGGUGCUUUCGCUUCUCCUCGGUUCUUUGAUUGCUUUCAUUUUCCUGCAGAGCUACUUUCGCAAGAGAAGAUCCGAAGUUCAAUCUCUUUCCAACCCGGAGCUCCACGCGGAUCCCAAGAAGCCUUCAAAGCCUCCUCAGUCUAUCUCCAAAAGAUCUCACUCCAAACCUCAUUCUCAUGCUUCUGAUAAGGAUCAUAACAAGCGGCAUCACCCCUUAGAUGUGAACACUCUGAAAGGCCAUGGGGAUUCGGUCACGGGUUUAUGUUUCUCUUCUGAUGGAAGGAGCUUGGCUACUGCUUGUGCUGAUGGAGUGAUCAGGGUGUUCAAGUUGGAUGAUGCUUCAAGUAAAAGUUUCAAAUUUCUUAGAAUAAAUGUGCCUGCUGGGGGUCAUCCAACAGCUGUUGCAUUUUCUGAUGGUCCAUCUUCCGUAGUUGUGGCUUCUCAAACUCUAUCUGGUAGUUCUUUGUAUAUGUAUGGAGAAGAAAAACCCAAGGCAAAUGAACAAGGAAAGCUUCCUCUUCCAGAAAUCAAAUGGGAACAUCACAAAGUACAUGAGAAAAGAGCAACGCUGACGCUAUCUGGAGCAACUGCCAGCUAUGGUACUGCAGAUGGCAGUACUGUCAUUGCCUCUUGUUCAGAAGGGACCGAUAUCGUGCUUUGUCAUGGGAAGACUGGAAGGAUUUUUGGAAAUGUUGACACUAAUCAGUUGAAAAAUCACAUGGCUGCUCUAUCACCCAAUGGACGUUUUCUUGCUGCUGCAGCUUUCACCGCGGAUGUGAAGAUUUGGGAGAUCGUAUAUACAAAGGAUGGUUCUAUCAAGGAGGUUACAAAAGUUAUGCAGCUUAAAGGACAUAAGAGUGCUGUGACUUGGCUGUGCUUCACUCCAAACUCUGAGCAAAUCAUCACCGCAUCAAAGGAUGGUUCGAUAAGAAUUUGGAAUAUCAAUGUUCGCUAUCAUCUUGAUGAGGAUCCGAAGACUCUGAAGGUGUUUCCAAUUCCACUUACGGAUUCAAGUGGCACUGCUUUCCACUAUGAUCAUCUCAGUAUAUCUCCUGAUGGAAAGAUAUUGGCAGUAACCCAUGGUUCAACAUUGCAGUGGUUAUGUGUUGAAACUGGAAAGGUUUUGGAUACAGCUGAUAAAGCCCAUGAAGGGGAUAUUACAUGCAUUUCGUGGGCACCUAGGACCAUUCCAGUUGGAGAUGGAGAAGCCUUGCUUUUAGCUACGGCCAGUGUUGACAAGAAAGUCAAGUUGUGGGCAGCGCCGUCCCUAGGUUCAUCAUAGAAGAGUGGUAGGUCUUUCAGUUCACUGAUGCGAAGCGUUUGCAUAACCAUUUGACUAGAAAUCAGGUGUUUGUGACUCGGAAGUCCUUAAUUGCGGGAGCGGUAACCUGAGAAAAGAUGUGUAGCUCUUUCAAUACAGCCAAGAGUUAUAUAGCAUGUAGUACUAGGUCUUUGCGGGCAAGACUUUCUAUAGAAAAAAAAAUACUAUGUUGGUAUUUUCUUUGAGAGUGAUGUUAUAAAAAUUUUGUAGACUAAAGAAAGAUUCAUAGCCGUAUAAUGUCAAUGGUUUUUUGCAUGA